CCAAUAAGAUGCAUCAAUCCAUGACUACCAAGCUUCCCGCCAAGCCCUCGAACGAGCUCUCCAAAGUGGGCUGCCUUGCUUGCUUGAGCUAGAAUCAACGAACCUCUACGGAUACCCCAGUCGCAAAACCACAACGACUCCCAACAUGCUGCUGUCAAGGUUAACACAAAGGGCGGCCCUCUUCAGGCGGAUACCCUCCCAAAUAUCACAGCGGACACAACCCCUCAGGCAGCAAAUACAAAAACGAACCUUAAUACCAGCCCCCAAACGAGGCGACGGCCCCCUCAUGGAGCGCAGAGCAGACAGAGAGCUUCCCCCCCUCCCCUCCUCCAAAUGGAUGAAAACCCUCCCCCUCUUCGCCCUCUGUGUGGGCGUCGCCUCGGUCGCCAUCUUCAACUACCAAAAGUUCUCCUCCCCCGUCGUCGGCGCCACCCUCUACGCCCUCCGCACCUCGGACGUCGGCCGCGAGCACCUUGGCGACAACAUCUACUUUGCGCAGCAGAUCCCCUGGAUCUCUGGCACUCUCAACCAGGUCCAGGGCAGGAUCGAUAUUACGUUCAGGGUGAAGGGCACAAAGGGGGAGGGCGUCAUGCGGUUUGCCUCGUUCAGGCCGUCGCCAAGGGGCGUGUUUGAGACGACAGAGUGGAGCUUGGAGAUGGAUGGGGGAAAGAAGAUUGACCUGCUGGACGGAGCCGAGGAUCCCUUCAAGGCCAUGACGGGGGCUGACCAGCUGGGGAUUGAUCUGGAUGAUGAUGAGGGUGAUAGCUUUGCUGCCAAGAGGGGGUUCAGGAAGUAGUCAGAUGACAUCAGUGAAAGAGGCACACUCUCACACAUCCCAGUACUUGUACAUUUA